AUGGCUCCCCCAGCCUCAAUCCACUACGUCGAGGCUAAAGCUCGUGUAGUUCGUGCCAUAACUCGUGUCACUACAUUUAUAAAAGCUUCUGGUGAAUAUAAUAACGAUCGUGCAAACGUCGGGAAACAUGCAAAGAUCAAGCAGAUGCUUGUUGAAUUGAAAGAUAUUCGUCGUUGUGUUAACGAGGAUAUUCAAAUCAUGGAAACAUCUGUAGGUCAAGGAACUGCGCCCACUGAUGUUACAGAUACUUCGUGCAGUGAUUCCUUAAUCGGUUCUUUCGAGACUCUGUUCUAUGAACUUGCUGCGUUUGCUGAUAUUCAUAAAUUUUCAUUGUCACCAGUGGCAGAAAUGUCAAAUUCGUUUGGUUCCAGUACAUCUCAACAAGCUGGACAUCUUGGGAAUUUAUCAUGCUUUCAAUUACCGAAACGUACGUUCCCAACAUUUUCUGGUAUCAUAACUGAAUUUCAAGGAUUUGAGGAUCUAUUCAAAUCAAUUCUGUCCCAUGCUGAAGAGAUCUCGAAUGUCGAAAAGUUUGAAAUUUUAAAAAUGUCUCUCCAAGGUGAAGCCUUAUCAUUGGUUACUCAUUUACCAUUGACAGCUCUGAACUAUGAUAGUGCCUGGGAGAUUCUCAAAUCCAGGUACGGCAACAAGCGAGAUUUAGCUCGCACUCACUUUCAGUCGCUUCUGACGAAUCAUGCCGUAAAAUCCAAUGACGCUCUCUCCAUAAAAACGUUGGUAACGUCCUUGUUAAACCAUACCGCUGCGUUGGAUAACUUGGGCUUUGUAACUAAAACGUGGAGUCCGUUGUUAUUAUACAUUUUCGAACAGCACUUGGACUACGAGCUACGUUCUCGGUGGGAACUAACGGUGGGAGACAAUCACGCUCCUACUCUCUCUGAGUUCGUUAAUUUUCUCCGACAGCACCUGCGCUCUGCAGAAGUCUUUUCAACGACACGUCCGUCGUCAAUGCCCCCGGUCAGUCUAAAACCCAAACAGGAACGGGGUCGCUCUGGUUCAUUUCAAAAAAUUCUUACCACUACUACAAGCCAGUCAGUAAAUGUCGUUUGUCCGAUGUGCAAUGAGUCGCACUCGAUCCGAAAGUGUCCACAAUUCAUGGAAAAACCAUCGAAUGAGCGUUUCCAGUUAGCGAAAAAUUACAAGCUCUGUAUCAACUGCCUUGGAACCGGGCACUCGUCCGCAACUUGUCCAUCCAAGUAUAAAUGUCAGGUGUGUAAGAAGCUGCAUCAUUCGUUAUUACAUUUUGGGUCGUCGUCAGGAUCAGACCAGCCACAAUCAACAUCGGCUCGUGUUAACACUAUUGAAGCUUCAACUAUUGAACCCUCAACGUCGACGACGAUGACUGUCAAAGGAUUACCCAAAACAGUCGUACUCCUAUCCACCGUCAUGCUUGAUGUUGUCGCUCCAAAUGGACGGCAGAAAACCUUUCGUGCAUUACUUGAUAGCGGAUCCCAAGCUAGUUUUAUUACAGAAAAAGCUGCUUCAGUGUUAAUGCUCAGUCACGUCCACUCACCGGUCCACAUAACAACCUUUGCAAGUUCAACCUCGACUCUUGUUCGAGGGAGGACCACCGUUACGGUGAUGCCUUGUAACAAAAAAUCUCCGUCUCUCUGUGUGGACACAUUAAUAGUUCCUCACAUAACUGGUCUGACACCCCAAACUCAUUUAGCCCGCGGACCAUGGACUCAUGUUGACAAUCUUACGUUAGCGGAUCCGUCAUACCAUCUCCCCGGACAGAUCGACUUACUGUUAGGAGCUGAUAUGUUCCCCUCGCUUAUGUUAACUGGUCAACGAAUGGGUCAGACUGGUGAACCCAUGGCAAUGGAAACCAUAUUUGGUUGGGUGUUGGUAGGGCCAAUACAAUCUCCUGUGUCUGGGUCAGUCAAGUCAUUCUGUAUUUCUGUCUUUGAAACUCUUGACAUAACUAUUAAAAAAUUUUGGGAACUUGAAGAACUACAAGUCCAACAUCGUCUUACUCCUGAGGAAUCUAUCGCAGAGAAGUUCUAUCAAGAUACCACAACGCGUCUUGAUUCGGGACGAUUUAUGGUCAACCUUCCAUUCAAGUCUGCCCGUCCUUUAUUAGGAGAUUCGAAAACCACAGCUCUUCAGAGAUAUAAAUCGUUGGAGCUUAGACUCAGUCGUGAUCAAAACCUUCGUCACCAAUACGUUGAAUUCAUGCAAGAUUAUGUAUCAAACAAUCACAUGGAACUCAUUCCUGGGGACGAAAAGGAUACACCAUACAAUUAUUACAUUCCACACCAUUGUGUGCUUCGUCCAGAAAGCCUCACCACCAAGUUACGUGUAGUUUUCAACGCCUCAGCGAAGACAACCACCGGAAUGUCACUCAAUGAUCACAUGUACACCGGUCCAAAGUUACAACCUGACAUUCAAGUGGUUCUGGUACGUGCACGGCUAUGGAAACAUCUGUUUAUGGCAGAUGUGAAACAAAUGUACUGUCAAAUUGUUGUACAUCCCUCAGAUCGCAACUACUUAAGAAUCUUCUGGCGGUUCUCCCUUGACUCUCCUAUAGAGGAAUAUCGCUUAUGUACGGUCACAUACGGUACAUCUGCCGCCCCAUACCAAGCUCUUAGGACAGUUCGUGAAUUAGCCACAGUUGAUGGAUCUAAGUAUCCACAAGCUGCUAAAGUAUUGCUCCACGAUACGUUCGUUGACGAUAUUAUUACUGGUGCAAACACUGAUGAACUUGCUCUUGAAUGUCAACAACAAUUAAUCAAAUUAUGUGCACUAGCUAAAUUCGACUUACGGAAGUGGGCGAGUAACAACUCAAACGUACUUCAGACAGUUCCGAAAGAGGCUAGGGCUAUGUGUCCAUCACUGUUAUUUAACUCGUCUGGACAUGAAGAUCUAAACGUCCUGGGAUUAAAAUGGGAUCCAUCGGUGGACAGUUUUUUGUUUCAUACACAACCAUCAUCCAAAAGUCCUACCAAACGAUCCGUGUUGUCUGAUCUCGCUAGAACGUUUGACCCGUUAGGAUUACUCGCACCUACUACGUUCUGGAUCAAACAUUUCAUGCAAUGCCUCUGGAUUGCUGGGACCAACUGGGAUGAUCCCAUCCCUUCCGCUCUGUCUUCCCAAUGGGCAAGAUAUCAUUCAGAACUUCACUUAGUGCAAAAUCUUCACAUUCCUCGACGGAUAACUGCAGACGAUGCAAUAUCUGUCCAGCUUCAUGCAUUUGCAGAUAGCUCUCAAAAGGGAUAUGCUGCAGCUGUUUAUCUCCGAGUAGAAACUCAUGCAGCCGUCCAUUGUCAUCUUGUUACUGCUAAAACUCGAGUCGCUCCGCUAAAACAUGUAACCAUCCCCCGACUGGAAUUGUGUGGAGCUCUUCUCGCAGCCCAACUUAUUCGUUCCACUGUCGUCACGUUUCAAGAUCGCCUACACGUCGACAAACUGACUGCAUGGACUGAUUCGACUACAGCGCUUGCUUGGAUUCGUUCGUCACCACAUCGUUGGGCAACCUUCGUUGCAAACCGCACCAGUCAAAUACAAGAGCUGACGUCUCCUUCGCUUUGGAGACACGUUCCAACCAAAUUGAAUCCAGUUGAUUGUGCCUCUCGUGGAUUGUACCCAUCUGAGCUCAUAAACCACCCUCUUUGGUGGCAUGGCCCACCAUUUCUAUUGGAAUCUCUUGAUCAAUGGCCAUCGUCCACUGAUCAUUCGCUAGACCUCCUUACUGCCACUCCAGAUGAUGAGGUCCGAAAGUCUGCUGGAGUAUGUUUGACAGUCGGCUCUUCCGUGGUCACAUUGCUUGAUCGGUAUUCAUCAUUAGACAAAAUUUCUCGAAUUUAUGCGUACUGUUUACGAUUCAAAACAGUGAAAAACCUAAAAAUGUUAAAACAAUUGGAUCAGUUUCCCACAGUGUUCAGUGCGGAGGAACUUCAUGACGCUCUUUCUGCACUCAUUUUUAGUGUCCAACAAUCAGUGUACAGAACAGAGAUUGAUCUGUUAGCAAAAGGGUGGUUAUGCUCAAAACCCGUUCGCAAAUUGGACUUAUUUCUAGCAAAGGAUGGGCUCCUCAGAGUGGGUGGUCGCCUGCAAAAUGCUGACCUUCCAUACGAGCAUAAGCAUCCUAUUCUCAUGCCAUCGUCUCAUCGAUUGACAUAUCUGGUCAUUGAUUACCACCAUCACCGAUUAAAACAUCCUGGGGCAUCCGCGUUACAAACCUAUUUGCAACGGACUUAUUGGAUUCAAUCAGCGCGACGUGUGAUCCGAUCACGGUUGCGCCUCUGCAUCCCUUGUUUCCGUACGCGACCACUAUCCAUUCAACCCAAAAUGGCGGCACUUCCGAAAUACCGCGUACAACAAAUCAAACCAUUUGCAAUUGCUGGGGUUGAUUAUGCUGGUCCGAUUACCCUCAAAAGGGCCCGAGGACGGACCUCCAGUUCUUUGGUGGCAUAUAUCUGUUUAUUCGUAUGCACUAAUACCAAAGCCAUUCAUCUGGAACUAAGCUCAGACUUGUCCACGGAAACGUUCCUGUUAGCCUUAACACGCUUCACUGCACGCCGAGGUCCAGUGAAAGAAAUCCACAGUGAUAACGGUACGAAUUUUGUUGGAGCUGCUCGGUUGUUAAACCCAGUCCAAACCCUUAUCACCUCUACGUCAUUUCAAAAUCGUGUGCGGACUCAUCUUGCGACAUCUAACAUCCAAUGGCAUUUCAACCCACCAUCGUCCCCUCACUUCGGUGGGUUAUGGGAAGCUGGGGUGAAAUCGACCAAAUCAUUAAUUCUACGAUCUAUUGGUCUCCACAAGUUAACGGCGGAAGAGUUAAUGACGCUUUUAACACAAAUUGAAGCGACGCUCAACUCAAGGCCACUCUGUGCCUUAAGCAAUGACCCGGCAGAUCUCGAAGCGCUCACCCCCAGUCACUUCUUGACACUUGAACCAUCUACAUCUCUUCCAGACCCACACUUGGAGAAUAUCCCAUUGUCGAAACUCACUCGAUGGCGUCUCAUAACAGAUAUACAUCGUCAUUUUUGGGCACGAUGGAAGAACGAAUACCUCUCGACCCUUCAAGUUCGCUCAAAAUGGUGCUCUGAUGGAAAGAGUCUGCGUGUUGGUGAUCUUGUACUCAUUCGAGAGGCCACACACCCACUUCAUUGGACAAUAGGACGGAUCCGUCAACUGCAUCCUGGGGCAGACGGAGUCGCCCGUGUUGCCACUGUUGACACGGCCACCGGGCACCUUGUUCGCCCUGCCGUCAAAUUGUGCCCAUUCCCAUCCUCUUGA